GUGUGUGUAUGUGAUGUGUGUGUGCGGGGUGUUGCGGGACAAACUGCGGAUCUGUUUCAGCAGCGACUUUGCGACGGAUUGGAUGAGUUUGGCGGCAGAGAGGCAGCAGACGACCUAAAUCACACUGCAGGGACUGAAGUCUGGAAGGGACGACUGGAGCACAUGUAAAUCCCUCCGGAACAGGAAUGCAGUCCAGCAGCCUCCUUCUGAUCCACUCUGCUCGGAUGUCCCGCACAGACUAACACACACACACACACACACACACACACACAGACACUCACACACACCCCGGAGAGCAUGGAAAGUGGAGUGUUUCUGCCCUGUGUGGAUCAGUUCAUGCUGAGUCCUCUCGUCACCUGGGUGAAGACAUUCGUCCCAGGUGAUGGGGGAGCCCACUUGGAUUUCUCUGAAUUGCUGGAUGGAGUCUUUUUGAUUGACAUCAUGACUCAGAUAAACCCUUCAGCUGCACCGCAGAGUGCAAACAAAGUGAGCCGAGAUCCCAGUCAGAGGAUCCACAACUUGAACUUUCUCAUUCAGCAAAUCAAGAUCUAUUACUUGGAUAAUCUGAGACAGUUAAUCAUCACUCCUUUGCCAAAUGUGCUGCUGCUUGGCAGGACUCCGUACUGUGAGCAAAGUCUGGAUGAACUGAAGAAGCUUCUGUUGUUACUGCUGGGAUGUGCAGUCCAGUGUGAGAAAAAAGAAGAAUACAUUGAGAGAAUCCAGACGCUUGACUUUGAUACAAAAGCUGCCAUAGCCGCACACAUUCAGGAGCUGACCCACAGUCAGGAGAACGUGCUGGAUCUCCAGUGGCUGGAGUCCAGCGAGGUGCAUCCAGAUGAGGUGGAGGCCGUGGCCAGAAACAUGGCCGCUCACCUCCGACACCUGCUGGACCAGAGAGACGCUCAUCUGGAGACGAUAGCAGAGCUGAUGCAGGAGAAGGAAGGCGUCGUCAGCUCGCUCAGCAGCCCCUCCAGUCCACAGUCCGCCAGCUACUCUCCCAGCAUGCCUCAGCAGCAGGUCGGCACGCAGCAACACUUGGCAGUGGAGCUGGCUGACUCCAAAGCAAAAAUAAGAAGACUGAGACAAGAGCUAGAGGAGAAGAGCGAACAGAUGCUGGACUGCAGACACGAGCUGGACAACAUGCAGGCGGAGCUGAAGAGGAUCCAGCAGGAGAACUCGCAGCUACUGGUGGACGCCCGAGCGGCUCGUACGUAUCGGGAUGAGCUGGACGCCCUGAGAGAGAGGGCCAUCAAGGCGGACAAGCUGGAGAGCGAAGUGGGGCGUUACAGGGAGCAGCUGCACAAGAUGGAGUUCUACAAGGCCAAAGUGGAGGAGCUGAAGGAAGACAACAGGGUACUUCAAGAGACCAAAGAGGUGUUGGAGGACCAGCUGGAAGGCUGGAGGGCUCGAUCAGAUAAAGUCCACCAGCUGGAGAAACACAGUCUGCUGCUGAAAGCCCAGGUUCACGAUAUGGAGCAGGAGAGGGAGUCAGACCGGAGGCGCAUCGAGGAGCUGCAGGAGGAGAACCUGAGCUUGUGUUUAGCCCAGAGGAGGAGCAUGGAGGAGUCCCAACAUCUGGGCUGGGAGCUCGAGCAGCUCGCCAAAACCUCAGAAACCUCACAGGACCAACAGACUCUGAGUGAGGAGGUCGGCGAGAGGACGCGGAGUCAUCUGCUGAAGCUGGAGAAGGAGAACCAAAGCCUCCUGAGGACCAUAGAGAUGCUCAGAGCUGCGACUCUGAGCCACAACCCGCAGACCAAACACAGCCACCGGCCGGUGGGCAGCGCCAAAAACCGUACCUCAGCAGCAGACGAGUCCACGCCGCUGCAGACCUCGAGCUCGGAUGUGGGAAAGUUACCUCCCGUCGGUACAGCAGCUCAGCAGAUGCUGAAUGGAGAUUCAAACUUCAACCAGCUGGACGGAGUCCAGAGUGAGAUCCUCCUCACGGACAAUCCAGACUUUCACAUCCAGGAGAAAGGACAGCUCGAGGACGGAGGCAGCGGGGAUCACUUCAAAGAGAUGAUCUCUGAUAUGGAGCUCUUGGAAAACCAUCACAAUCGGCUCCAUUGUUUUGUUGAGUCGCGUGACCACUCCCCUGGCUCCCAGCACGGCAGUCCCGGCCACGGCAGCAUCUUCACGGGUCUGCCAACGCGCCCGUCUUAUGCCAGCAAGCACACACAGCGGCUGGAGGCCAAGUGCAGGGCCCUGGACACGGUCAACCAGCAUCUACAGACCUCCCUGGACAACACUGAGCGGAAGGUUCACCGUCUGGAGGCCGAGGUUCAGGAGCUGGAAGCAGAGAACCAAAGUCUGCAGGCCACCUUGGAGGAACUCCGGAUCUCCGCCAGACGCCUGGAGCAGCUGGAGAUGGAGAAGCAGAGCCUGGAGCAUGAAACCACCGCUCUGGAGAGAGACAAGAGGCAGCUGGAGAAGGAGAACCGACGACUCCGCCAGCAGGCUGAAAUCCAAGAGGCCAACCUCGACAGCAGCAAUGUGUGCAUGGCCAGCUUGGAGAGGGAGAUGAGGUUUCUGGUGAAAGAGACGGAGGGCCUGAGAGAAACUGCUGAGAGGGUGAAAGGCCUGGAGAGAGACAACAGAGAACUCACCAAGCAAGCCGCCAUCGACCAGAGGACCCUGGCAACCCUCAGAGAGGAGCUGGUGAGCGAGAAGCUAAAGACCCAACAGAGAGACAACGAGCUGGAGAGGCUUGCUCAUGAACUAGAGAUGAAGGUUCUGGAUCAGGAGAGUGCACAGCGGCCUGAGGAAGAGACGGCAGAUAACAGCAGGUUCAGGAUGCUCGAGUCAGAACUGGAGUCAUCACUUAAAAAGUCUCUGCAGAUUAAAGAUGAGAAGAUGGUUGCUCUGGAAGAGCGUCUGCAGGAGUCCUCCUCUCUGAACCAGCAGCUGCGCCAGGAGCUGAAGGCCGUCAAACUCAACUACGAGGCCUUGCAACAAAGGCAGGAGGAGGAGUGGACGACGUCGAGCUCCACCCCGCCUGUAGAGACCGGCAAGGCCAUGAGCGAAUGGCUGCGAGAAAGCCAAGAGGCCACCAAGGAACUGCUCAAGCUCAAGGACCGCCUCAUUGAAGUGGAGAGAAAUAAUGCGACACUGGAGGCAGAGCGUCAGGCGAUGCAGAUCCACCUGAAACAGCUGGAGGGUCAGUGUGACAGCCAGCAGGCUCAGAUCCUGGCUCUGCAGAGGCAGGCCGCCUCGCUGCAGGAGAACAACACAGCCCUGCAGACACACAACGCCAACCUUCAGGUGGAAAAGUCCACGCUGAAUUCCCAGAGUGCCUCGCUCAUGGCCCAGAACGCUCAGCUGCAGCAGCAGCAGUCUGGCACCGAGAGUGAGAGGGACAGCGCCGUGCGCGAGCGUGAGGACCUGCGGGGCGCUCACGAGCAGCUGCUGCGGGAUCACGAGCGGCUGGCGGUUCUGCACGAACGGCAGGCCAUGGAGUACGAAGCCCUGAUGGGCAAACACGGCUGUCUGAAGAACGCCCACCGCACCCUGGAGCUGGAGCACCGCACGCUGCAGGACAGGUACAACGGCCUGCUGCAAAAACGGGACAAGCUGGAGGACCUGGAGAAAGCCCUGAAGGAGGAGCAGAUGAGGAUGGCUCUGGAGAAGGAGCAGCACCGGGCGGCUGCUGCCGAAUGUGGCCGGCUCCGCGACGAGAAGGACUGGCUGAACCAGACGUACCGCCAGCUCCUCAAUGACAACGAGGCGCUGACGGCGGAUCACAAGCAGCUCAAGAGCCAGCUGAACGAAGCCAAGCUGGAGCACACCUGGCUGGAGGCCGACUUCUCCAAACUCAAGAAGGAGUUUCAGCAGCUGGACAUCGCCUCCACAAAACUCAACAACCAGUGUGAGUUGCUGAGCCAGUUGAAAGGAAACCUGGAGGAAGAAAAUCGCCACCUGCUCACCCAGAUCGAGACCUUGAUGAUACAGAACAGGACUUUGCUGGAGCAGACGAUGGAGAGUAAAGAUCUGUUUCACGUUGAAGAACGGCAGUACAUUGACAAACUUAAUGAUUUGAGGAGGCAGAAGGAGAAGCUGGAGGAAAAGAUCAUGGAUCAGUACAAGUUCUACGAGCCCUCGCCUCCUCGUAGACGUGGGAACUGGAUAACGCUGAAGCUGAAAAAGCUGAUGAAAUCCAACAGCCGUGAGCACGGGCCUGAACGCCCACCCACCCCCACGCACUCGGGCGCCGCGGAGCCUCACGACGGCAGCUCCUCGGCCAGCCUGGACGGCUCCGGGGGCUCGGCCUCCACCGCCGCAGGCGACGCCGUCUCACCGCGCCGUCACAGCACCCCUCUGAAAAUGUUUCCCCGUAUGAGGAACAGGCUGAAGGACAGAGACAAAGUCAAGUCCCUCUUCCGUCGUUCCAUGUACAAAGACUCGAACGAUAGCCCGGUGCCAUCUGGAUUUGAAGACAAUGACGAGCUGCAACAUCACGGGCUAAACGGCGUCCAGAGUCGAGCCCAAAGUGAGAGCAGCGGUGAGUUCAGCCUGAGUCUUGAGAACGAGCCGUGGUCGAACGGCAGCAGCCCGGUGCAGCAGCCCCCGUCACGCCGCUGCUCCUCGUCCUACCCGCCACCCAGCGACACCUCCACGCCGCAGCACAACACCAAGCAGCCGCACAAGGAGAAGGCCUCCACCAUGCCCGCUAAAAACAGCCACAACGCAGAUGUUCAGUCCACGAUGAAACAAAAAGAUCCCUCGUCCCAGGAAUUCUGGUUUACUAGGGGUACGAGAAGCAUCCGGAGGGGGUCCAGACCAAAAGUGACGCGUCGCUCAUCAGAUUCCUCGGGAACGGGCAAAAUCAACCCCGAGUUGAAUGAGAUGAAUUCAAAACUGAGUGCUUGUAAAGCUGAAACUACCCGUGCCUCUGCGUAUUCGCCAAUCACGGUCCUCUAUGUGCAAGGAAAGUCGUCGUCAAUGUCGGGCUGCCUGAACUGCUUCUCCACGCCUCUGGAGAAAGAGGGCCGACUCAAGGGCUUCAAAUCCCCCAAAAGCCUGCCCCGAGCCAGCAGCGUCAUUUCCACAGCGGAGGGCUCGUCCCGGCGCUCCAGCGUCAGCAGCGACUGCAAGGUGAUGGUCCAGAAAGACCCGCUUCCUGCGGAGGCCUCGGGGGAGAAAGAAAAUCCAGACGAAAAGAAUCAACAAGCAGAGACAGAUGUGAAGAAAAGUGAGCCUGAGCCUAUCCCUCCUGUCAAACCUCCAAGAGAUCCAGCUGUUGUUGUUCCCGCCGACCGGCCCAAAUCUCCCGUGCAGGAGCCACUCUUUGGCUCCUCGUUCACUUUUAACUCCGUCUUCUCAAACACAAUCUUCAGUGAUUCUGCUCUCACUGCCACAACUAAUCUGGAUGUGCUUGAUAGCAGCCAGAUUUUUCUCUGUCCAAAUUUAGAUGAGAACUGCCCCCUCGAGAACCCAGAAUCCACUGAAAACACUCCACAGACACAGCUCGGUGAGGAGAACCAGCAAUCUGAAGAGCAAAACAGGAACGAGCUGCUCACAAUUGCUUAA